AUGAAUUCCGCCGAGCAGACCGUUACGUGGCUCAUCACCCUGGGGGUGCUGGAGUCGCCCAAGAAAACCAUCGCGGACCCGGAGGGCUUCCUGCAGGCGUCUCUGAAGGACGGGGUGGUCCUGUGCCGGCUGCUGGAGCGCCUGCUGCCCGGGACCAUCGAGAAAGUGUACCCGGAGCCCCGGAACGAGAGCGAGUGCCUGAGCAACAUCCGCGAGUUCCUGCGAGGCUGCGGGGCCUCCCUGCGCCUGGAGACAUUUGAUGCAAAUGAUUUGUAUCAGGGGCAGAAUUUUAACAAGGUCCUCAGUUCCUUAGUGACUCUAAACAAAGUAACAGCAGACAUCGGCCUGGGAAGUGACUCCGUGUGUGCCCGGCCCUCAUCUCAUCGGAUCAAGUCUUUUGACUCCCUGGGAACUCAGCCUUCGCACAGUCGGACUUCAAAAUUGUUCCAGGGCCAGUAUCGAAGCUUGGACAUGACCGACAAUAGCCACAGCCAGCUGGUUGUGAGAGCCAAGUUCAACUUCCAGCAGACCAACGAAGACGAGCUCUCCUUCGCCAAGGGAGAUGUCAUCCAUGUCACGCGGGUGGAGGAAGGCGGCUGGUGGGAGGGCACGCACAACGGCAGGACCGGCUGGUUUCCUAGCAACUACGUGCGGGAGGUCAAGCCGAGCGAAAAGCCUGUGUCACCCAAGUCAGGAGCGCUGAAGAGCCCUCCCAAAGGAUUUGACACGACUGCCAUUAACAAAAGCUAUUACAAUGUGGUGCUACAGAACAUUUUGGAAACAGAAAAUGAAUAUUCUAAAGAGCUUCAGACUGUGCUUUCAGCCUAUCUACGGCCUCUGCAGACCAGUGAGAAGUUAAGUUCAGCAAACACUUCGCAUUUAAUGGGAAAUCUAGAAGAAAUAUGUUCUUUCCAGCAAAUGCUUGUUCAGUCUUUAGAAGAAUGCACCAAGCUACCGGAAGCUCAGCAGCGGGUCGGAGGGUGCUUUUUAAAUCUGAUGCCGCAAAUGAAAACCUUGUACCUUGCGUAUUGUGCCAACCACCCAUCUGCAGUGAACGUCCUCACGGAGCACAGUGAGCAGCUGGGCGAGUUCAUGGAGAGCAGAGGCGCCAGCAGCCCGGGGAUCCUGGUGCUCACCACCGGCCUCAGCAGACCCUUCAUGCGCCUGGACAAGUACCCCACGCUGCUCAAGGAGCUGGAGAGACACAUGGAGGAUUAUCAUCCGGAUAGACAAGAUAUUCAGAAAUCCAUGACGGCCUUCAAAAAUCUCUCGGCCCAGUGUCAGGAAGUACGGAAAAGGAAGGAACUGGAGUUGCAGAUUCUGACGGAGGCCAUCCGGAGCUGGGAGGGAGACGACAUUUCGACCCUGGGCGGUGUUGUGUACAUGUCUCAGGUCAUGGUUCAGUGCGCCGGGAGUGAGGAAAAGAAUGAGAGAUACCUUCUGCUCUUCCCGAAUAUUUUGCUAAUGUUGUCUGCCAGUCCUAGGAUGAGUGGUUUUAUCUAUCAGGGAAAGCUACCGACGACAGGAAUGACAAUCACAAAGCUUGAGGACAGUGAAAAUCAUAGAAAUGCAUUUGAAAUAUCAGGGAGCAUGAUCGAGCGCAUCUUGGUGUCCUGCAACAGCCAGCAGGACCUGCACGCGUGGGUGGACCACCUGCAGAAGCAGACGAAGGUCACGUCCGUCGGCAACCCCGCCAUCAAGCCGCAUUCCGUGCCGUCUCACACCCUCCCCUCGCAUCCGAUCGCCCCGUCCAGCAAACACGCGGACAGCAAGCCGGUGCCCCUGACGCCUGCCUACCACACGCUGCCCCACCCCUCCCACCAUGGCACCCCGCACACCACCAUCAACUGGGGGCCCCUGGAGCCUCCGAAGACCCCCAAGCCGUGGAGCCUGAGCUGCCUGCGACCUGCACCUCCCCUACGGCCUUCGGCUGCUCUCUGCUACAAGGAGGAUCUUAGUAAGAGUCCCAAGACCAUGAAAAAGUUGUUACCUAAGCGCAAGCCUGAGCGGAAGCCUUCAGAUGAAGAGUUUGCGCUGCGGAAAAGCACAGCUGCUUUGGAAGAAGACGCGCAGAUUCUGAAAGUCAUCGAAGCGUACUGCACCAGCGCCAAAACGCGGCAGACACUCAACUCAACAUGGCAAGGCACUGACCUGAUGCAUAAUCACGUGUUGGCUGACGACGACCAGUCAAGUCUAGACUCCUUGGGUCGUCGCAGUAGCCUUUCCCGUCUGGAGCCUUCAGACCUCUCGGAAGACUCUGACUAUGACAGUAUAUGGACAGCCCAUAGUUACAGAACGGGUUCGACCUCUCGUUCGCGCAAAGAGUCUGCUCCCCAAGUUUUGCUUCCAGAGGAGGAGAAAAUGAUAGUUGAAGAAACCAAGAGUAACGGUCAGACGGUGAUCGAGGAGAAGAGCCUCGUCGACACGGUCUAUGCACUAAGGGAUGAAGUCCAGGAGUUAAGACAGGAUAACAAAAAGAUGAAGAAGUCUCUCGAAGAGGAGCAGAGAGCCCGCAAAGAUCUGGAGAAGCUGGUGAGGAAAGUUCUCAAGAACAUGAACGACCCCGCCUGGGACGAGACCAACCUCUGAGGAGCAUUGUCGCUUCUUCCGCCAAGACCAGCGAGGAGCCCCAGCCGGGGGCCCCACAGCCCUCGCCAGGGGGACCUUCAGGGCUACGGGGCAGGGCUGGUACAAAAGUCAUCUUUCUGGGCAUGGAAAAGACAGAGUUUAUCCCACAAAUAGACAUGGUCACACCGUUCUGAAGAAUCCAGACGCGAGGUUUAGACCCUGAGGGCUGGACUGCAUCAAUUUUACUCUGUUAACAUCUCAAUUACCUCAUUUUGCAAUAAGUGCGGUGACUACAAAUCCUGGUGUUUCAGGCUUUUAUUGAUCUAUAUGAAUAAUCGUACAUACACGUUUCUUAUAAACCCUCCAUUUUGAACGCACACCCAUGGCUGUGGUGUCCGGGCUGGUCACCCGUGCUAGAGCUCCCUCCCCCUGACCUUUCCUGGUCCCACCAACAGCAAGUUGCGGUCGCGUGCUCACGGUGAGCAGCGGGGCCAGGGUGCCUGGGACGCCUUGCCAGACGCCUAGUUGGCUCUCCAGCGUGGCCCGUGUGCUCAGAAAGGACCUCCCGCUUUGGUGUACCCACACGGUCUUGUUUGUAUCCGCACAGACACCGAACACCCCUGCAGGCUCUGCCGUAAGGGAAACUCCGGCUUCCGCCACCGACCCUGACGAGGCCCCUGCGCACCACCGUGUCCAGCCGCCGGCGUCCGCGCUGGUCUGCUGCGGGAGGGCUGCGGCUCGUCGGCCUGCGUUCUCUGCGCUGGGGGAGAAUAGACUUGUCCGUGGAGGCUGGUUUAAUACGGGACAGAACGCACCGUUGUCUCCCCUGCCCCGCGAGUGCGAGCUCUGCUAGAACCUGUAAAUAAACUCUUAUUUAUCGCGUGUCGCUGGGGCCGAGGAAGGCAUGCUGGGGACCCCGGAGCUGACCUGGCGGGUGUCAGGUGCGAGUCCUUGUGAGGCCUCUGUAAGCCCCGAUCUCCUUACCGUGAGUGUGCAGCAAGCCUUCCGUGCUCACUGGGAGAAAGGUUUUCCUCCUGCAGUGAGAAUAAAGCAAUAUGAAUUCUGCC